AUGGCGUCAUUGAGGGCGCGCGUGGAAGAAGUCCUACGUGGCGAUGCUGUCAAAAAUGCCCUGCUAGAAAUGUUGGCAGAUAUCGAACAACUGACACAGCAACGUGAUGCCGCCAAAAAUGAGCUCGACAUGGCCAGAGAUACUGCUCGCACAUAUUAUCAAAAGAUGGUUCAAGCUGAAUCAGAGAAAUCACUUAUAAAGACAUCCAUGGAGGAGUGCGACAGAUUUGUGCUCGUUCUCGUUGAUGGCGACAGUAUGCCGUUUCUUGAUGACUUUGUGUCCAGAGGCAUGGAAGGCGGUGAAGAAGCGGGCAAACACCUUCGAGCUGCAAUCCUGGAAUACUACAAGACAAAUAGCAGAUAUCGUGCCGACGAUCGGGUCAUGAUUCGGGUCUACGCCAACGCUCGUGGUCUAAGCCGGACUUACAAAGCAGCUAAAAUCAUUACUGAAGAGACAGUCUUCGACCAGUUCAUGGUUGGAUUCAACAGAAGCCACCCCCUUUCGGACUAUAUCGAUGCUGGGAGCCACAAAGAGGCCGCUGACUCCAAAGUGAAAGCAAACCUCGAGCUCUUCUAUCGCAACUUUCAUUGUCAGCACAUUGUCUUUGGUGGCUCAGCAGAUAGCAGCUACGCUGGCUUUCUCGGGCCGUAUGCACUUCCAAACACGCUCAAUGCUCGCAUCACCCUACUUGAAGGCCCGCCAUUCCCUUACGACCUUAAGAAAGUGGCCCAAGGGUUCCAGCAAACGUCCUUCAAGACCAUUUUUCGAUCAACCAAGAUUCAGAUAACACCAAAUGGUACAAUGUCUGUCACUGCGGGCGUCAAGAGACCUGCUCCCGAUCCUCUGUCAGGCGUGCGAGACCGGCCAUCACCACGUCCCACGGCAGCGGUUCUCACGCCUCCCAAACCUCAGCCCGCUCUAAAUGCGCAAAUAACCGCAGCGGCACCAUCACUCGUUCCAUCGCCAAUCAUCUACCAGAAUCAAUAUGGGCAGCGACUCGAUAUACCCCUCAAAAUCGACAAACAAUAUCUCCAGUACCUCUACGACAACAAUUCACGUCUCUGCAACAACUUCUACCUCAAAGGUCACUGUCAUUACGGCACCAACUGCGAAUGGGACCAUUCGCAGAUCCUCAACCAAGUGCAGCUCGAUACAUUUCGGCACAAAGCUCGAACUUCGGCCUGUCGAAAUGCGUUUUGUCAGGAUCCUUCAUGCCCGCUUGGUCAUAUGUGUCCGCGAAACGGAGCCUGCAACAUUCCUGCGUGCAAGUUUCUUCCAGAGAUGCACAACAUCGACGUCAGCCAAAUCUACGAGUUCAACACUGCCACCCAAGAAAGAAAGAGAGUGUCCACGGCCGUCUAG